AAGCUUCAUCACUAUACUCGCCUAUAAAGGCAUCAUUUUUGUCAAAAAAAACCUAACUUUCGGCAGCCGGCAGAAGCAAAGAGCCUACGCUUAAAUCUCAAACCAUGACUUUCAAGCGUAGGAAUGGUGGUCGCAAUAAGCACGGCCGUGGCCACGUCAAGUUCAUCCGCUGCUCUAACUGUGGGAAAUGCUGUCCCAAGGAUAAGUCAAUCAAGAGGUUUCUUGUGAGGAACAUUGUGGAGCAAGCUGCUGUCAGAGAUGUCCAGGAAGCCUGCGUCUAUGACUCCUACACCCUGCCGAAGCUGUAUGUGAAGAUGCAAUAUUGUGUUUCAUGUGCCAUCCAUUCUCAUGUUGUCAGGGUUCGAUCCCGCACCGACAGGAGGAACCGUGAUCCACCCCAGCGCUUCAUCAGACGCAGGGAUGAUAUGCCAAAGCCUGGGCAGCCUGGUCAGGCCCCACGUCCAGGUGUUGCUGUUCCUCCUCGUGCUUAAGGCUCUUCAAGUUUUGGAUCGAUUUCAAUUCUGUGUUUUUCUUUAAAAUAUGUACUUGAGUUUGUAGACUUGGAGUUGUGUAGGGAGGUUUUGACUGGUUAAAAACUUGACUUGUUAAGCUAUAAAUUGUUGAGAUAACUA